UUCGCUUUCAAGUCGCCUACAGUGUGCGACACACCCAUAUGGAUUUCAGAGAUGUCUGCAACAUCUUCGGGGGCACCCCAUUCUACGAUGAUUUACACACAAAUAUCAAGGCUGCGCAUAAAAGUCUGGAUGCGCGUGUCGCAGAUGCUUUUGAACCUUCAAUCGAGCAGGACGCGUCCAUUACGUUGCUGCGCGCAAUCAUCUGCUUACUGGAAGGCGACUUAAAGUCCGCGACAAACUACCUUACCAGUCUCCACAACAAUGACAUGUACACGCAACAACAUCCUCGAUGGGCUUUCCGUGCAAAAGCAUAUUCAGCCCUUCUCAGCGUGUGGAGAGACUACCCACCCUUGCUACGGCCCUGCAACCUGCGUGGCCCAGCAUUGGUUACCUGGAUGAACAACAGAAAGUACAAUAAUGGCGCAGGCUUUCUAAGAGAUUGUGCACAAGUCGCUCAAGAGAUGCCUGAGUUAGACGUGCUCGAAUACAAAGUCAUUCGCGCUAUUUGCAUGUCAUAUCACCUUGUUCCUGUCAUUUGCCAGUUGCGGGCCAAGAAUACUAUAGGAGAAACUGACUUAGCCCAACAUAAAAAGCACUAUAUUCGCCUGUCUCGACUCCUAGCUGAGAUUGACGACCUCGUCGAGAACUUCCUCCGGCUUGAUCUUCCCUUGGUCGCCGCUUAUCUACUUCAGAUCGAGUACGAUCUGGUCCGUGCCAGUGGAGACCCGACCGCAGUUCAGUAUCUUGAUCUGAUGAACUCCAUCUACUCUACACUGCAAGAUCACAUUGGUCUCGGCCAAUACUACUUGAUCCAGGGCGACCAUUCAUUGUCCGCAUAUCAAACUUCGCCCUUGGUAUUGAACUUGAUCAUUGUGGACAACUUGGACGAAUUUGGCGGCGACAGCACCAUGUAUUUUGCUGAUUCUAAGUGUUCCAACAAUGUGUCCGCCUCGCAAACACUUCCUUGGGACGAACGUAUCGAGAAGCAAUGCUCUACCAGCAAAACCUGGUAUGCUAAAGCAGUAGAGAAUUUUGAAUUCGCGGACUCAGCUCGCGGCGUGGCUCAUGUCACGCUUCGUAAAGCCUGCGUUUUGCGCAUGCGCAACAUGCAGCCAGAAGCAGUUUGGGGAGAAGCGUCUCGCGACAAUGAGGUCAUCGAAAUGCUCCACGAAGGAGCGAUGAUGGCGCAAGAUAGUCGAGACAAACAAUUCGAAACUCUGGUUAAGCUUCAUCAACUGACGUAUAGGAAUCCAACACUAGAAAUGCGGAGUGAGGUCCACCAGAUGGCGCAUUGGGCACGUGGCUGUGGCAAUCUGCUCUUCGCCCUUGGUCUUGCGCUUUUUGCGCUCAGACUGGGUCAUUACCACCGUUACGUAUUGGCUGUACCAGCGCGCACUCAAGGAUACGAGAUCUGUCGGCAGAUCACCAAGGAGAUCCAAGGAUUCUGGACAGUCUGGUAUCAUGCCAUGCUUGCCCAGCUCAGAUUGUCCCUGUCGCUGGGUAACCGCAGCCAUGCCGUCAUAUGGGCCAAUCACCUGAAGCAAAACACACACCUAAUGGCGGAAGAAUAUGCAAUAGCACCGAGGACACCAGGAGUUGGUAUAUAUACCAUGCUUCAUAUACUCACAGCUGUUGUCGACGCAGUCAUACUACUUGGACCCGUGGAUGAUGAAUCUUCGGAGUUUCCGGACAACCUGACCAAACAAAUGCUCGAGUCUCUUGAACACGAUGCUUUGCUGAUCCCGUUUGCGCAAGAAGCUUGGAUGAGACUGAAAUAUGCGGCAGCCAUGUAUAGCUACCAGAGAAAUCUCCAGGACGGACAACUGAAAGCUGCACAGUCUCCGCUUCAGAAGUAUUUGCAGGAAAAAGAAGCUGAGGUACGAGACAAGCUGGUCAUCAAUCUGCAAAACAUCGAUGUGCUCUAUCAGGCUGGAGAUUUCGACCAAGCCAAAGAGUAUCUGUCCGUUCAUGUGGGUGACGAAGACAGGUUUCCGGUCAUUCUCCCUCCGAUACAAGAUCCUGCAGGUUUUAUUCAAGUUAUUGAUCGCGCCAUGCAACAACGCAAAAUACAGUCUUUAGAGGCCAUCUUCCUGUGCUGCAUCAAGGUCAAAGACUGGCAACGAGCGACCCGACUCCUGGCCUCUAUUGAAGAGGUCUCGCCCGGCUACUUUACGUCAGUUUCGUCCUAUACAGAUCUCUGGCCCUGGCAGCGAUGCCUAUACGCAGGCCUAGUUCUCGAAAGCCAAGGUGACUACCAUGAAUCGUACCUGUACUUCGUGCAAGCACGUUAUUUUCUGCUUGAAAUUGCCUACACCAUGGCCGAUGACGACUUCCGACUUGUGUUAGCAAAACCAGAAGUAACUCGCUUGCUGGGUGCCGCCGCACGAAGGGCGCUACUAUGGAAACAGCAACUUCCUGGACUCACGACCUUGGGGCCAACUUCAAAUUCCGCCAUCAAUUGCCGCGUUUUCCGGAUAUUCACAAUAACAGUACCUUACAAGGAUCCGAGCCAGCAUUUCAUUGAAGGACUAGUAUUUUUGGAAGCAGCUCGACCCCAGUACAUCUGGAGUGGAAAUGGCGACGGCUUCACAACCGAGCAAGUAGAAGCGCAAUACAAGUACGAGCUCUGGAAAGAGCUUAUGAAGAAGACGCACAGGACCCCAGAAGAAGAAACCGAGUUCCAAGAACUGCAUCCUGACAGAGAAAAGUACUUCGCCGUGUUCAACCAAACCACUCAUCUCCGAGCAAAGACGAGAGAGCUCUCGGUCCAGUCUGUGGCUGCCUUCUUUCGAAGUGUCCCUGAGAUUGCCAUCGUUCUGUACAUUUUCGCAACUCAGGAUGGCUGUAUCCUGCUGGCUAUUGAUAAUACACAGAUCCGAAUAGCAGCCUUUAAUCCUGAGGCAACUCUCGCUGUACUCGAGAAAACUGUAAUCAUGUAUGUGGACGCGAUCAGAGACAAUGAUACUGCCGCUAUACGAUAUCUCGGCUUGAUUUUGAGCGGCAUCCUAAUCGAGCCGUUGAAGAACUGCAUCGCGAAAAGAGGGCAUGUCAUUUUUGUCAUGACUGGGAUUCUGACCCGUCUUCCAGUGUCUGCGUUACGUUAUAAUGGGGAAUUCCUCAUAUUGAAUCGUGAGGUAUCCCAAGUUCCUAGUCUUCGAGCACUCCACUCUUUGCAGUCAAGACCACCACCAAAAAAUCUUCAAGGAAGAUCUAGGAUGAGUGUCAUUGCGCGUCCAGGAAACCCGAGGGAUCAGUGGUUGCCAAUGGCUGGUAUCGAAGCAUUGUUGAUCGGAGCCAUGUGUGCUACCCCAGCUAUCAACGCUAAAGAUGUCGAUCGACAGGACUUCCAGCGGCUCAUUCAGGAUUCUCAAUUCCUUCAUAUCUGCACGCACGGCAUCCAAGACGCGGAUCGCCCUUUCAACUCUCAAAUCAUUCUCAAAGAGAAGUUUCGUGUGCUGGACAUGUUGGCUGUCCGUGGUAACGUCUCACUAGUAACGUUCAGCGCAUGCCAUAGCGGCGUGGGGCAUGCUGCUGAUUCGGGCGAUAUCCAAGGAUUUUCACACUCUGUGCUCGCAGCCGGUGCGAACAACUACCUGGGCGCAUUAUGGAAAGUCAACGACAUCGCCACGAUGAUCCACAUGUGGCUCUUCUACGCCAACCUCUUCCUCUUCCAAGACAAGCCUUCCUUCUCCGAAGCAUGGCAAUUCUCGACCAGGAUCUUAUAUAGUCUGACUACUGAAGAGGCUAUCGGCUACUUGGAACAAUAUGUGACUGUUUGGGAUACAUUGGAAGACCGUGGCAAGAACCCCACGAGUCUCGCAGGCAAAACAGCGAAGAAGAAAUUACUGAACGUCAUCCGAGACUGGAAAGCCGGGAUAAACAUCAUCGAUUUCAGUGAACCACGCAUAUGGGCACCAUUCGUCAUGGUCGGCAACGCCUCGCUACGUAUCUGGACCACCAUGCAAAGCAUCUCCGAUCGACUAUUGGAAUUUACUCGGGCUAGACCAGAGGCUUCGCACGAAGAUAUUCUCGCGCAUUACAGAUCACUGGAUCCUGCAAGUUUUAAACCGACUACUUCCUGGGAAGACGCAGUGCGGAGUGGGCGCUGGGAGGGACCUGACGAGGCUCCUCUUCCGAAAACCUUCUUGGAUCCGCCGUGGAAAACGCUGGUCUCAUAUGGAGGCUUUGAAGGAAAUGACGAGGCGCCACUUCCUGGCUCUUUUGAUUUAGCUUGA